AUGUCACAACCUUCCUCUUUCUUCUCCUUCGAUUCGUUACCUCCUUUAAGCCUUUCUCCGUUUCGUGAUUCAUGUGGGUUUAACAAGAACUUAACUCCAUCUCCGUUCAUGAGAUGUAACUCAACUUCUUCAAGAAUCGUCGGUGGUGGUGGUGAGAGUUUACCUCCGAGAAAGUCUCAUAGACGGUCCAACAGUGAUAAUCAUAAUAGCUUGAAUUCUUCGAGGGAGAAGCGAGAGAGCGUCGGAUUCUGGAUCUGA